AUGUCUGGAACUCCCGUCAACUGCAGCUCCGUGGAUCCCAACCACAAGUACUGGGACUGCCAAAAGCCUAUCGGGGGUGGUGAGAAUUGCAAUACCGCCAACGAUGUCAAUGAGAAGGAAUGUAGGCUGUGUGGCUACAAAAUUGAUGGUUCGAUGAGGAUAAUGGCAGUGGAUGAUAAUAAAAAGAUUAUCGGAGAGCUCCACAGCGUCGACCCCCAAACUGGUGAGAUGACUUGGGAGUAUGGGGAUUUUUGA